GGGGUUGUGUCCUCACAGGACAUUGCCCUGGCAAAUUGUGGCUCACAUGUGCUUGCAUCUUAUCUCAACUAAACAGGGAGAAUGGAGAAGACUGAAACCCCAGAUUGUAAAUUUGACAGCGGAUUUAAUGCACUGAUUUGUCAAGAGGACUUGGAGGAGCAUCCGUACCACCAAUUUGGUCAAGGAAGGCAAAAUGUGCCCAUGUUCAAUAUGAAUCCUGGGAGACGCUGCAGACUGACUGUAGUGAUCCUGGCACUUCUCGCUGCUGUUCUACUGAUAGUUGAUAUUGGCCUGGGAGUCCACUACAACAAGCUCACAGAUGCUCACCUCACACUGGAUGAUACUGAGCGCAUCGGAAAAGAGGUGACAACACUCCAUGAUACUUACAAGGCCGCAGUUGAAGCCAUUAAGGGGGCAAAGAAGCAGCUGGACAGUGAGAUGGGCCGUCAGAAACAAACCAAUUGGGAAUUUGAACACCAGACAAAAAGAAGCAACGACUAUGAAGUACAGUUUAAUAAAAUUACAAAGGAGAUAGCAGUUAUGAGAACACACCUACCAAUGAUUUAUGAUGGCUGCAGACACUGCCCACCAGGAUGGGUUCUGAUGAACUCAGUGUGUUACUACUUCCCUUUCUCGGACAGCGCUGGACUCAAAACGUGGCAAAAUUCCAGAGAAUUCUGCCAAAUGCACGGAGGGGAUCUUGCAGUCAUAGACACCAAAGACAAACAGAAUACAACUGUAAAUUACCUGAUGAGUCAUCACGAUUUAUCACAACAACAUGUGGGCUACUGGAUUGGGCUGAGAGAUUUACACGAGGAAGGGACUUGGAAAUGGUUGGAUGGAACAGAGCUUGUUGAAGGGUAUUGGCGUGACGGUGAACCAAACGAUGUGGGCAAUGAGGACUGUGCCAAAGUGGUUGUUGAGGAGAACUUCUUUAAGUCUUGGAAUGACUUAAGCUGUGGAGCGUCACAGAAAUGGAUUUGUGAAAAAGCACCCACUUCCACAGGCUGAAAACAUCUUCAAGGAGACAUACAAUCAUACUUUGUGUACAUGCGGGCAUGUUAGGAUAACAAACUUUUCUGAAGGCACAAUUUGAUACACUGUUAAUACUUUUCUUGAAGUACAAAUAAUUUCUGAAUGCUUUAUAAACUUGUAAUUACUUGCUGUUUGUUUUAAUGAGCCAGUGUUCAAUAAACUGAUUCUGGGUCAAAUGUU